CUAUAAUGGGAAUUGCUAAUUGCUUUCUACCCUUAGGCGUAUUCGACGAGGGCAAAUACUGGGACGUUACGGCUGAAUAUGCAAAAAACGCACCAAAUGAUGUCCUUAUCAAGGUCACCAUCAGUAACCGUGGUUCGGAAGCAGCCACGAUCCACGUCCUACCCACGCUAUGGUUUAGAAACACCUGGAUCUGGGGUUGUACCCACGAGGGAUGUACCAUGAAGGCUAGGAUAGGACAGGACGGUGAGGGACGUGUAAGGACAAGGCAUGAUACGUUGGAGGAAUUUGUAUGUGACUUUGAGGGAUCCGAAGAAGGGAAAGAAGCAGUAUUGCUUUUUACUGAAAAUGAAACUAACAGUGAGGUAGGUUUAUCAUGCUUUGACAUAUUAUUCAGUCAGGCGUAUCGGAUAUCGGCGCUAAAUUCAAACUAUCGGUAUUUUUAUUGCCGAUAUUAUCGAUAUUGUAUUAUAACGACUUUAUACAAUAUAGUUUAAAUUCAUUGUCGAUUUCAAGUCACUUUUCAAUGCGCGGUUCCCAAGUUUCUUUGCAAUCUUGCCAAUUACGUUUCCAAGUUCGAAAAUUGGGCGCGAACUUCGCAACAAAGUUCGCAAGUUCAUUUCAAUGUUUGAACUUCGUUUGCAAACAAAUGUUCAUACUCAAUAAUAAUAACCAAUUCAAUGAAAUACAAACCUUCUUGGUAGACCACUGGACCAAGAACUUUCCAUUGAAUUGUUAAUUUCAACUUGAACUAUGAACAUUUGUUUACAAUAGAUCAAACAUUGAAAUGAACUUGCGAACUUUGUUGCGAAGUUCGCGCCCAAUUUUCGAACUUGGAAACGUAAUUGGUAAGUUUGCAACGAACUUGGGAACCGCGCGUUGAAAAGUGAUUUGAAAUCGACAAUAAAGUAUAUUUUGGAUUGUAUUAGACCGAUUCGAAAAAAUCGGAAUCACCGAUUAUUCAUGCAAUAAAAUCCCGACUUUCUUACAUUUCCUUUAAGAAACUAUACGGUGCUUCACAAUACACCCCCUACACCAAGGAUGCUUUUCAUCGCUACGUCAUCAACGGUGAGGGCGAGGCAGUCAGCCCUAAGAAGAAAGGCACCAAGGUCGCUGCACAUCACGUGUUAGAGAUCCAGGGGGGUGAGGAACGCGUGCUCAGAGUUAGGCUCACGAUUGCCAAGGACGCAUCGGAGAAGCCUUUCGGAGAAGAUUUUGAGAAGAUUUUUGAAAGUAGGAAGAAUGAAGCAGACCAGUUUUAUAGCGGAGUGAUAUCAGGUAACAAAUUUUAUUGUCAUGAUUUUUUCUGUGUUGGUGUAAUGUACUCAGGUGAGUAUGAUGCUUGUGAUGUUACUCUGAGUGUAUAUCCAGACCGGCCAAGCUUGAAAAAUAUGCCUGACCACGGUGGGAAUCGAACCUACGACCUUUGGAAUGCUAGCCCAAUGCUCUGCCGGCUACGCGGUCUGGUCGGUUCGAGUAUGUGAUAUUUCGGAACAGAAUCUAGUUCCGUCGAUAUCAAUGUUAUCUAAUAUCUUUCAUGAUUAUUAUUGGAUAACAUUGAUUGAAGCAAGAUUUUCGCAAAUAUCGACGAAAAUGCGCAUUUUAGGAUGUGAUUUGACGGGACUAAUUACCGAGUAAAAAUGGUGCUUACACUCGCAAUUUUUCGACAGCUGAUUGCUCUCCAAGGGCUUUGAAAAGUCUUUGAAAAUAGGCAGAAAAAAUCUUUGAAAUUUUUUUGGUCUUGGAGACUACGAACCCUGAUAUAUAUAGAGAGAGCUCACUGUUCAAAUCAUUUUCAGAUAGUUCAUAAAAUACUACAAAUGCGCUUUCCCAAUAAAUCGUUUGGUAUUUCAGAUGAACUGACAGGCGAAGAAAAACUUGUUGCACGACAGUCCUAUGCAGGAUUACUCUGGACCAAGCAAUUUUAUCAUUACAUCAUUAAGGACUGGCUGGCUGGAGAUCCGGAGCAACCCGCACCACCUGAAAGUCGGGCACAUGGGCGUAACUCUGAGCCUGAGUGGAGGCAUCUGUUCAACAGAGAUAUCAUAUCAAUGCCCGACAAGUGGGAGUAUCCAUGGGUAAGGGUGGAUACUUUUUAGAAUAUACGCAUGCCAUAAAGUUUUGGCGUUUUUAUCCCACCUUAAUAUUUUUAAUUCAUUAGCACAGCCACGAACUAAUUGGAAUUGAUUGAGCUAUCCAGUAUCAAUAAAUUUAGUUUAGUUUACAUGUCCUACUCAAGAAAUGGCUGGACCAAUAAGAGACGACUCUUACUGGACAGUUUAGAACUGAUUGAGCUAUCUCCUGUAGUAACACUGGACUGCUAAGAGAUACUUACCGGACCUUGUACAGUUUAGAACAGAUAGAGCUAUCCUUUAUAAAUAAAGUUAGUUCAGUUUAGGUUUCUUCCUGUAGUAGUAACAUUGGACCAAUAAGGGAUGACCUUUACUAAAUAUAGAGGAAGAAAAGUUUAGAACUAACCAGUACAAAUAAAGUUAGUUUAGUUUAAGUUUCCUGCAGUGACACUGGGUCAAUAAGUGAUGGACUUCACUGAAUCUCCAGGUAGAAUUUUAAAACUGAUAGAACUUUCACUAUAAAUAAAGAUAAUUUAGUUUCGUUUUCAUCCUUUACAAUGACGAUUACUUGCAAAACUUUUAGUAAACAUCAAAUUGUGUUCUUCUACGCUUCUAGUACGCAUCGUGGGAUCUGGCCUUUCACAUGGUUCCUAUGGCUAAGAUCGACCCAGAGUACGCCAAAUCUCAGCUACUCUUAUUCCUCCGUGAAUGGUACAUGUCUCCUAACGGUCAGUUGCCUGCGUACGAGUUUGCGUUGAGCGACGUGAACCCCCCUGUCCAUGCGUGGGCCUGCCUGUGUGUCUACAAGAUGUCAGGACCAAAAGGUAGCAGGGAUGACCUAUUUCUAGCGCGGUGUUUCCAAAAACUUCUCUUGAAUUUUACAUGGUGAGUUUUGAACUUUUGAUAAUAUAGUAUAAGAUUGGCAGAACACUACCUCACUUCCACAAACCCCCACUCCACCACCCCCAAUAAUUUGGCACAACCCUUGUUGGACCUCUAGGGAGAACAGCUUGGAACUGAUGGAGCUACCCAUUUGUCCCAUUAUAAAUAAAAUUAGUUUAGUUUAGGUUUCCUCCUGCAGUAAGACUAUAGUCCAAUUUAGCACAACCCUCACUGGACCUCUGGGAGAACAGUUUGGAGCUGAUAGAGCUAUUCAGUAUAAAUAAAGUUGAGUUUACGGUAAAGGAUUAAAAUGUGGACAUUUCCUAGGUGGGUGAAUCGUAAAGAUCCAAACGGGAGAAAUAUUUUUGGUGGAGGAUUUCUUGGUCUAGAUAACAUAGGUAAAAACUUGCUGGUAUAUUUCUUAGAUUGCAUGAGUUUAAUUUUGCAUUGCUGCACGUUGAUAAUAAGUCUUUGUGUGUUAAACAGAGUCAGUGUUAGUAUUAUUCCUGAAAUAUUCUUUAGGUGUGUUUGAUCGCUCCAAACCACUUCCCACUGGUGGCUAUCUUGAACAGGUCUGUAACUCUUAUUUCAAACAUUGGGGUUAAGUGUAGUGUAGUAAGUUGCCGUGGUUUGUCUGAACUGCCUGCAAUUAUCUCAAACGUGUAGGGGCCAAAUAUAGAUAGUAUUCAAUAAUAAACUGCCGUGGUUUGUGUCUCAACUACCUGAAAAGUAUUUUAAACGUGGUGAUCAAGUGUGGGUAGAAUUUUACAAAAUCUUCAUUAAGCUGCCGUGGUUGAACUAUACCUGAAAAAUAUUUUAAAAUCUUCCACUUUUUGAGCGAUGGCCGUCCCAUGCUGCCAAACCUGUCUAGUUUAGUUUAGGUUUCCUCCUGUAGUAAUACUGCACUAAUGAGGGGUCACAUUUUCUGGAUCUCUAAGAAGAACAGUUUAAAACUGAUAGAGCUAUCAGUACAAAUAAAGUUAGUUUUUAAGGUAUUUUGUUCAUCACAGGCUGACGGUACUGCUUGGAUGGCAUUCUAUUGUACUGUCAUGCUUUCCAUCGCAUUGGAACUGGCGGUAUGGAAGGACCCCAGUUAUGAAGACAUGGCCUCCAAGUUCUUUGAACAUUUUGUCGACAUCUCUGACGCGAUGAACCACAAAGGAUUAUGGGAUGAAGAAGACGGAUUCUACUAUGAUCAACUGAGGUAGGUGGUACUCAGAGAAUUGAUGCAGGAGGGCAAAUCUACUCAAGCAGGUUGGUCUAACCAAAUACCUUACCCAAGAUAAUAUAUAACUGGGUGGGCAUUGGGCAAAAUAAGGAGCUUGCUCUGAGAAUGGACCAUUCCCCCAAUUAACCAAAAUUUUGAUCUCAACAAGUCUAGACACUUUUCCAAAAUUUUGAUCUUAACUAGCCUAAACAAAAAUUUCAUCACAGCUUGAAAGAGCAUCACAAAAUUAGUAAUAUUCCAAAGUUUCGUUGCAAAAUGUUGUAAAAUGCGGAUAAUAUAGCCUUGCGAAAUUUGCAAUUUUCAGUCAUUUUGUAUUACGCACAGAAGUGGUAACCAUUUCCCGUUUGUAAUCUAAAAUGACUGAAAAUCGCAAGGCAAUAUUAUCCGCAUUUUACAACAUUUUGCAACGAAACUUUGGAAUAUUACUAAUUUUGUGAUGCUCUUUCAAGCUGUGAUGAAAUUUUUGUCUAGACUUGUUCAAAAUUUUGGAUAAUUGGGGAAUGGUCCAUUGCGCCACCCAAGCCCCAGCAGCCGUGCAGCGUAUAACAAUUUGCACGUUUUUCACGUGUUUAGAUUUGAUGAGAGACGUGAAUGCAAGCUGCGUGUUAGAUCCAUGGUGGGUCUUAUACCAAUGUACGCAUGUCUGGUUAUUAAUGAUGAAUAUGUGGAUAAGCUUCCUGGGUUUAAGAAAAGAAUGGAUUGGUUCUUGAAGCAUAGAGAGGAUUUGAGGAAUGAGGUUCGUAGAAUGAAAAACGUUUGGUUUCAUCAGUGCUGCAUAAUAUAGCGGAUCACGGGACCAUUGGUCCCAGAACAUUUUUGAGGUUGGCAGAAAAAAUCGAAGGUAAAGCAAUUUUCCCCGGGCCCCAGGCUUUGGGAGCCCACAGGCAAAAUAUUUAUGUUUUUAGGGCAAAGUACCGUUCGUAGCCUGAAAUAAAGUGGGAAAAGUCCCACGAAAGCAAUGAACACGUCCUUGUCUGGAAAUUGGAAAAAAAUUCAUAUAAACACGAUUCAUCCCAGUUGGCCGGGCUGGCUCGGCUCAUGUGAACAGCCUUGAGCCACCUUAAUUUGUUUUCCUUGUCAGGUGUCUUACAUGAAUGUAGACGGCGUUUCGAAAUACCAUCACUUGCUUGCCAUACCCUCACCAGAGAAACUUCGCUCUGUGCUCAAAUAUUUACUGGACGAAGACGAGUUUCUUUCCCCGUACGGAAUAAGAGCCCUAUCGCGGUACCAUAAGGAUCAUCCAUUUGAAGUGAACGUGGAAGGCGUCAUUCAUCGAGUGGAAUAUGUCGCUGCCGAGUCUAAUACUUUUAUGUUUGGUGGUAAUAGUAACUGGCGUGGUCCUAUAUGGCUGUGUGGUAGGUCUUAUUACAACCUCGGUUGAAAUUACUUUCGGGAGAAAAAAGAAUGACAUCCAUUUUUCCAAUCAGUCUGUAGACUAUAGUAACACUGGAACAAUAACUGAUGCGUUUAUAUGCAGAACAGCUCAGAGCUAUCCAGUAUAAAUAAUUAAUAACCAUGCUUUUGCAUGUACUACUUUCUCUAGUAAACUUUCUCCUGGUCGAGUGCUUAGAGAGAUACGACUAUUUCUUCGGAGAUCAAUUUAAGGUCGAAUGCCCCACGGGAUCAGGGAACCUCAAACGACUUCGUGAUGUCAGUGCGGAGAUACGAAACCGACUCACUCAGAUCUUCUUGCCGGAUGAAAGUGGGCGUCGACCUUGUCAUGGGGAUGAUGAGCGAUAUGCCGUGGAUGAAAACUGGAAAGAUUUAGUUUUGUUUUACGAGUUCUUUGAUGGUGAUACCGGCCGCGGAUGCGGAGCAAGGUAUAAACCUAGGCUUAAUCUACAUACGUAAAAACGCAUGAGUUGUAACAAACCUGUAGCAGACUUGUAGCAAUGCUGUUCCAACAACUUGUCAACAGGGUGUGUUCGCACGGCUUGUUUCCAGCUUGUUGACAAGUUGUCAACGGCUUGUUGUUGCGGGAAGAGGUUAUUUCGCUGGCCUCAGAGUGACAAAACGCAACAAAGCAACGGUUUUACUAACACUAACCCUACUCCAAACACCAACUCUAACCUUACCCUAACCCUACUCCAAGUUUGUUUCUAAACCAAUCUUGAAGAAAAAAAUUUUGACGAAAUGAUAAGAAGGCAAAAUUUUCCUGCACGGUGUAAGAAAAUUUCCUACGAAAAUAUUUUGUGAAACGUUUCCUGGCAGCGAUGUUGCUGGCGCUACCAGACGUUUUCCAGGACUGUUUAACCAUUCCCUACAUUUUAGAUCGUAUACCAUUAUUGUAUUAAUGUAUCUGUUUGACUUUAGUCACCAAACUGGUUGGACGUCGGUCGUUUCACGUUGUUUUGACAAGAUAGCGGCCGCACGCGAACAAGAAACGGACGACUCUUGAACGAAGAACCAACAACUCCAACGAAACAAAUGCCUGGCAUUCAAAACUACUAUUAGCCGAUAUAUUAAACCUUGCACCGUGCUGGUCACGAAAAAAGCACUCGACACGCUACAGUAAAAACCCACCGAUAAAAGAACCACUAUUUUUAUAUGUGUCAGACUGAAGUGGUUGUUAUACAAUAGCUACUUAGACUUAGGGAGAAACUGAUAAUAACUUUUAAAACCCUCCGAAUUUGAUAAAAUUUAAUGUAUCCUCAUUCAGUACCAAACAACACUAGAUUAUGUUUUUGCAUUUGCAACGGUAUUAAAUCAGCCCUUAGAACAUGCAAGUUUUUAAGAACCAGUCUCAUUUGUCAGCCUGAUUGGUUCUUGUAUAUUCUGGGUGCAUAACUGGUUGUUCUUAACCCAUUGGUUCUUUACGUGGAUUUUCACUGUACUCGCAAAUAAUUUUAUCACCAAUUUAGAAUGGGACUAUUCUAGCUAGGAUGUAAAAUAUUAAAUGAACAUGUUGAACAAUUAUUUUUUAUUUUUAGUUUUUUAAUUUACGCUAUUUAGGUUAUGGUCAGACAUAGAUAUCUAUGGUAUUUAAAUAGCCUGUACAAUGUGUCAAUGUAUGUACUGUUGCUUAGAGUUACAGAAUGAAAAACAAUUGCUAUACAGGGUGUAUCAAAAAAGUGCAGUUUUAAAAUGUCCACUGAAUUGAAAAUUCUGCAAAAUUUGUGACACCUUAGUUUGGGGUCUUCUGAAACGUACAGUACGGCAGGGCUGUUUUCCAUUAAACCACUUUGAAGAUGACUUGUGCAUAAAAAUGCAAGGUAUAAAGCACAAUUUGAAUUCGUAGGGUGCAAAUUCGGAAGGUGUUUUGUGAACUAUCAAAGUACCAGGCAAUUCGAUGUAUAAGUCCUAUGUGCGACCUCUAAAACUCCAAUAAUUUAUCGUAUUAUUCAGACUGGUUUUAUGCAUGAUUGAUUUGUUACUGACAUAGGUUUUACCAAAAAAAUUAAAACAUAUGUCAUGAAAAGCUACCUACUGUGGCAAAAAAGUCUUAGUUUUAGAGGUUGUGCAUUGGACUUAAUGUAAAAUACCUUCUAAAAUUGCACCCUAAUUGAAAUUUUUGUGUGCAAGCCAUUUCUCUGAGUAAUUUUACUCGUACUAAAAUAAUUGUAAUUUUACUCGUACUAACCCCAAACUAUCCAUACUAACAUAAAAUUGUCAAAAAUUUUGGGAGAAUUUGCAUUUAGUGGACAUUUUAGAACUGUGUAGUUUUUUUAUAAACCCAGUGUAUAGGUCAUUUGUCUCAGUCGCCAUGUGCUUUCCCUGUUGCCGGUAGUUGUACCAGAUGAUAUAUGCUCAAAAUCAAGAGUAAGGCAUUCACAGCAUAGGUGGACACGCAAACGACGCAAAAAUCUUCUAGUAUAUAGUACAAUAUGUAAGCCAAGUAGACGCAACCAACACAGGAAAGAACACAAGAUACCAUGGAAAUCCAAGCAACUACCUUUCCAUCAAAGAAACCUAUAAUUCAUGUAAGGAAGAUCAGAAACCUUGGUUCACAAAGGCCUUUGACUUUGUGCAGAUUGUUCAGAAAUUAUUUGCAGUUUUUUACAAUUUGAGAAUUUAUUUCAAAGCCACAACUUUACAGUCCCCAUUAAGUUGCAUUGCACCCCAAUGUGCCCUACUUCUUAUUUUAUUCUGUCUAAUGCCAGACUAUUUUACUGUCUAACACUAGAUAAUUUUACUCAUCAAAGGGAGAGUGCUGGUGCUUAAUGGGUUAAGUUGCGUACUUGCAUUGCAAUGCACCCUACUUUAAUUUAUUAUUUUACUCUAAUGCCAGACGAUUUUACAUUCAAGGGGAGAGCGAAGACAAACUUUAACUUACCAAGGAUAAAAACAAAGAUAUAGAAAGCAAUGCCAUAAAUACUGUUUGGGAUAUUGAAUACAGAGUCUUUACCAAACAAUGGCUCAACCAGACCAAAUCCUGUACCAUAUCUGUUAGGUAAAAUGCAUC